AAAAUGGAGAAAAGAAAACAGAACCGAUCACCGGGACCUGAUCAUCACCUCCUGGGUUAUGCCCGGAAGAUCCGUUUGGGACAGCGCCGAUCGGCAUACCCAAAGCGGCAAGCCGACAGAAUUGCGGAGAAGCUAGAAAUGUGGGGAGCUUGGACUUGCAUCUGUCUAACUGAUUACAGCGUGGGAUCGAGGGAAGAGGAGAUAUAUGACAUAUAUAUUUUUGGCUAUUUUUUCGGGCUCCUCCCUCGCACGGGGAAAUAAAAAGAAAAAAAGAAAAUAUGGGAAUGAGAACACCUCCAUAUGCAGAGGGAAGACCCCGAUAGGUCUAGACGCGGGUGGCAAGAGCUACCUUACCCCGCGUUCUGGACUGGAGCCACGAGAUCAAAAGGCCGUUGACGGAGUGUUCGGAUGGAUACCGUAUACAGUAAGUGGCAGUUAUUUAUAUACGACGUAUGUACAGGAUAAUACAGGAUAUAUACAGGAUAUACACCUAAAUCGGAGCCACGUCUCUCUCUUUCGUAUCAGCCUCGGGCCACCUUCUGCUUUGCCUUUGCAUUUCCCCUUGGUGUUCUGGGUCUAGACCCGCAGAGAGACAUCGUGACCCGAUUUUGCGUUGGCCGUGGCACCUUCAAGAGAACACAUUUAUUUAAGAAAAUCUCCUCAUUCUUCUC